UCUGAUCGUUGCCAAGGCAGGAACACGUUAAUAGAGAAUAUGCCCACCGUAUACCGUGGAACAAUUGUACACACGAAGUCAUUUAAUGAAUUCGAAUCGUUUAAGGAGGGCUUUGUUGCCGUAGAAGAUGGGAAGAUAAUUGGCAUUGGCGGUGAUUAUGACAAUUGGCUGUCCACUUCCAAGAUCAAUGAGGACUUGAUUAGCGAAGUGAGGCUGUCUCGAUUCCAGUUUCUCUCCCCCGGCUUUUGUGACGGUCAUAUUCAUGCUCCGCAAUACGCACAAAUUGGCCUGGGAAUGAGUGUUCCUUUGCUGGAUUGGCUAAAUACGUACACGUUUCCAACUGAAGCGAAAUAUGUUGACAAGGAAUUCGCGCAGAAGAUCUAUAGAAGUGUUGUUGAAGCUACACUUCGCUGUGGCACCACUUUGGCCUCCUAUUUCGCUACCAACAAUUUGGAAUCAACACUGAUCUUAGCUAAGGAAGCGGCACGUCAAGGCCAGCGCGCAUUGAUUGGAAAGGUCUGCUCCAAUUGCAACAGUCCCGACUUCUAUGUGGAGACGACAGAUGAAUCGGUCAGGGGAACGGAAGCAUUUGUUGCAGCAAUACGUAAACUGAACAAUCCCCUUGUGUUGCCCACUAUAACUCCGCGAUUUGCGCUCAGCUGCAGCAAGGAAUUACUGCAGAAACUGGGUAACAUAGCUAAGCAAUACGAUUUGCAUGUGCAGAGCCACAUUAGUGAAAACUUGACUGAGAUAGAGGUGGUAAGAGACAUCUUUAAAACGAGCUAUGCCAAUGCCUAUGAUGAAGCGGGACUGCUAACGAAAAAGACUGUCAUGGCGCACGGAGUGCAUUUGCAGGAUGAUGAGAUUGCCUUGCUUAAGAAACGUGGAACGGCUAUUAUUCAUUGUCCUGCUUCCAAUACCAAUUUAAAUUCUGGCAUUUGUGAUGUACAGCGUCUUAUUAAGGCUGGAUUAACGGUGGGCCUGGGCACGGAUGUGUCUGGGGGGAAUUCCGUAUCCGUACUAACUGCCUUACAGCGCGCCAUAGAAGUUUCCAAACAUCUUGACUUCUUUAAAAAGCAAAAUAUCUUAGGCACGGGGCGAGCUGAAACGCAAGAUAACGACUACCAGCAAUUGACGUACAAACAGGCUUUCUAUUUAGCCACCUUGGGUGGUGCAAAGGCAUUAGCCCUGGAUCAUAUUACAGGUAACUUUUCUGUUGGUAAGGAUUUCGAUGCUUUGCUGGUGGACGUGAGUGUGCUGCAGAAGCCACAUCGUCCGUUUACUGUUGACGAGCUCUUGGAGAAAUUCAUUUAUACCGGCGAUGAUCGCAAUAUUAAAGCCGUAUAUGUGGCCGGUAAGCUGGUUAAGGGCACAAUAUAAUUAAAAAACUGUGAUUGCUAACAAUAGCUCUUCGCAGAGAAAUGCA